UAAAAGUCGCAAACUAUCGCCUUCAUGAGCUCCAGACGCACCCGCAGCCCGCCGUCGCAGGACGACACCAACGCGAGUGAGAGCUCACCGCUGCUACCCCCUGGCAGUAUCUCUCUCAAUUACAACUCUGAUUCGGCAGUUUACGACCGCAAGGAGGAGGACAACGGCAACGGUUCGCGCCGUUACUUUGGGGCCGACGACUAUGGCACCAGCAGCAGCAGUAGCAGCAACAGUGACGAGCACGAGGACUUCAGCGAUCUAGACCAUCAGUUCUCCCCCACCAGCUAUCGACAGCAGUCGUCGGACGCCUUCCGACAGAUCCCGCGGACCAAUUGGCAUGGACUUGGGACGCGCAGCAGGUUCAAACGCGGACCUCCGAAGCCGCUCCCGGCCCCGGGGACAGUGAGCCACACGACCCGACGCUCGAGGAUGCGAACCAUUAAGAAGCAGCUGAGAGAACCGCCGAGCUCCCCCAAGCUUCGCGUGUCCGCUUACUGCACGUGCGACCAACUGCAGCUGUUCAAGUUGCUCAAGUGGCUUGAGAGGGUCGAAACAGGCCAAUUGCCCGGAGGAGAGCUGCAUCCUGACGGGUGGAGACACAAAAUGUACAUGGGUGCGAUACACUCCAGCUGCGCGCCGGCCCCGGAUCAUGAGGAGGGAUCGCGGGCGCCGUAUCACCAGAAGGAUGCCUUCUACUUCGCGACGGGGUGUGCAGUCUUCUGGGGGCUGACAAGGGCGGAGGAACAGGCGCAUCUGGUGGCGUUAGGAGCAUUCUCGGUGGGUCCAGUUAAGCAGGUUGAGGUCGAAGACAUGGACUACACCUACGGAGAUGCAAGUCUCAUCUGCAACGACGCUAUUACACUUAGCAGUAACCGCGCGUCCGAGAAGCUAGCGGUUUCCUUCGCCAUGGCGCAGUCGUCGAAGCUGGACGUCUUCGAGGAGCGCGUGGAGGAAACCAUCCGUGAGACAAAGCACGUGCCUCAGAACCUUGCGGCCACAGGUUCGAUUCAGUAUUCGCAGAGCGAUAUCUCAAAGCUUAUCGGUCGGUUAUUUAUCGAGCGGAGCGAUGUGAAUUUGAACUCGGACAUGCUGGACGAGCCAGAUUUUUUCUGGGAAGACGACGAGUACGAACCGCUGUACAAGAAGGUGAUGAAGUACCUGAGCGUGGAUAACCGAGUCCAGAUCCUCAACACACGUCUGGAUAUUCUUCGCGAGCUACUUGAUGUGCUAAGCCAACAACUCGCGCACCAGCACGACACGAAGCUAGAGAUGAUCGUGAUUUGGCUUAUCGUUGCCGAGGUCGCUGUGCAAGUCGUGUGGAAUAUCCUCAUUAAGGAUAUCCUGGGCUUUUUUCCGCACUCGGACACAGAAUAG